UUUAGUCAGCGAAUGAUAACAGCAUGGAUGGAACUUUCGUGGCGGUGUUAUUGUUUUAAUAGUUAUUUUAGAUAUAUAUUUUUAAGGAUAUUUUAGAUUAAAGUGUGUAAUUUGGGAUAUAAAGCAAGGUGUAAUUAUGUGUCAGGUUGUGGAAGAGUAUGACAGCGUUCUAGAGCAGAAACCUCAGCCUGCGGUAUCAAAGAAAUGCAUGAAGUGCAAAGAGGACACUGCAGUGGUCAUCAUUCGUGUAGGAGAUGCCUUUUGUAGGAGCUGUUUCAAUGAGUACUUCAUACAUAAAUUCCGGGCCAUGCUGGGGAAGAAUCGUGUCAUAUAUCCUGGAGAGAAGGUCCUGCUGGCUGUUUCUGGAGGACCAGCAUCCAGCUGCAUGCUCGCACAAGUACAAGAGGGUUUAAGUCGGGAUGCAGCGAAGAAGUUACGAUUUACUCCUGGUAUUAUCUUCAUAGAUGAGGGUGGUGUGUGUGGUCAGAGUAAUGAGCAGAGGGAGAAGACUGUAGUUCAGCUGGAGAGCAUCUUCAGAACGACUGGAUUCCCUUACCACAUCGUCCCGCUGGAACAGGUCUUUACUCUGCCUGAGUCGAUACUCAAGCCUGUGCGUAGUCAAAAGCAGCCCAGCGUCGACUAUAAGGCAGCGGUGGACCAGCACAUUCAGACCGAAUUAACCCGGACCCGGGGCACCUCUGUAGUGAAGGAAUGCCAGGAUGCAGUGGGUCGACUUAACCUGCAGACGUCUACAUACAAGCCUGAGCACAAACUGGCCUUAGAGGAACUCUUCUCCUCUCUGAAAUCCUUAACAGCCAAACAGGACAUGCUGCACACUCUGAGGCAGCAUCUGAUACUGCACACUGCCCGGGUGAACAGCUACUCCAAAGUGAUGAUGGGAGACAGUUGUACACGGCUGGCCAUCAAGCUGCUCACUAACAUCUCUUUGGGACGAGGUUCAGCUCUGGCCGCUGAUACGGCUUUUUCCGACUCUCGAUACGGCGACGUGGUGACGCUGCGCCCCAUGAGGGAUUACUCCUCAAAAGAGAUCGGCUUCUAUAACAGGCUGUUUCGAGUACCUUCCGUCUUUAUCCCAGGCCUGGACACCAAGACUGCUGAUAAAGCGAGUAUCCAGCGCCUGACUGAGAGCUUUGUGGUCAAACUCCAGGCUGACUUUCCCUCCACUGUCAGCACUGUGUACAGAACAAGUGAGAAGCUCAACACAGCGUGUCCUCAGAGCUCCAGCGCAGAACCUGCUGAGAAGUGUCUUCUCUGUCUCUGUGCCCUCGACACCAAAGCUGACGAUGCCUCUGCGUUCCAUGCCACUCUGGUGUCCGAGCAGCUGUCCCGGGGGACACUGGAGAAAAAAGCCCAAAGUGACCCGGGCUGUUGUCAGGGACAGAAACCAGAGUGUGGGGAUGGAGGUUGCUGCUCCACAACCAGGGUUCCUGCAGCUUCAGACCUGAAGAGUCUCCUGUGUUACAGCUGCAGACUGACCAUAAAAGACAUGACAGCCGUGAACUCCCUGCCAGUGUACGUAACAUCUGAGGCAGAGAAACGCCAGAGGAGGGCCGCGAUGAAGAAGGAAAUCUGCGAGUUCCUCUUAGAAGACGGAGGAGCAGAUGACGAAUAACUGGCUGUUCAUUGAUCUUCAGCCUAGGCCAAGCGACGGUCACGUUUCAGUGACACUCACACACACCAUCAGGAAACAUUUGCUUUUUUUUUUUUUUUUUUUAACCACACAGAUGGCUUUUUAUUUUAUUUAACUACAGCGCAAUUUUCAUUUUAGCAAUUUUAUUUUUGUUGAAGCGAAUAAAAACGUAAAACCCA